AUGGGCUGGCUCUGGUCCUCGAAUGCGAAGCCUACCGAGGCACCGACAUCACAAGACGCCCCUCCUACGAAUUCCCCCACACAAACACCACCCUCGCAACCAUCACCACCCAAGCCGCAGUCCGCAGAAGAUGCCGAGCUCCAAAAGUUUAUGGAAUUCUUCAAAGCCGAAGAGGCCGCCGCCGCCUCCUCCCGCGCCAACGGCGACACUCAGCAGCACACCGGGCCCAAGCCGUCGCCGCUGCCCGAGUGGUUCGCCAAGAUGAUCACGCCCAAGGAUAACCCGCUGUACAAGGAGCCCGACGCGCCGCGGCGGGACCCCCUGUCCGAGUCGCUGCUGCCGACCGACAUGUCGUGCCGGCAGGCGUUCGACGCCGCCUGGGGCUGCAACUCGGUCGGCGGGCAGUGGAACGCCGUGUACCGCUACGGCGAGAUGCGCUCCUGCACGGAGAAGUGGGAUGACUUUUGGUUCUGCAUGCGCCACAAGUCGGCGUCGGGCCCCGUCAAGGAGGACCUGAUGCGCACGCAUUACCGCAACAAGGAGCACGCGAAAUACUAUGCGCCGGGCAAGGCGAGCAGCGAGGACGUGUGGGAGGCGCGGGUGCAAAAGGUGGCGCCUGACACAGUCUUUACGGAGAGCAUCGACGUGCCGACCAUGGGGGAUGAGGAGUGGCGCAAGAUGGAGAGCGAGCGCAGACAAAAGAUUCGUGACGGUCUGGGCUUUGACAAGUCGAGUUGA